AUGCAUCUGCUCAAAAUUGGCCCUCAUGGUGAGGUCAGCCUUACCGACAGGUUGGAAACAGACAUUCCGCCCUAUGUCAUACUCUCACACACAUGGGGCCCGGAUAACGAGGAGGUGACUUUCCAGGAUCUAAAAGAUGGAUCAGGCCAGUCGAAGGCAGGCUACACCAAGAUCAAGUUCUGUGCGAACCAAACACAGAAGGACCGUCUGCAAUAUUUCUGGAUCGAUACAUGUUGUAUCGAUAAGACGAGUUCCGCCGCUCUCCAAGAAUCUAUUACGUCAAUGUUUCAGUGGUACAAAGACGCACAAAAGUGCUAUGUGUUCCUGUCUGAUGUUUCGGCUCAUAAACGCGACAAUACAGGAAAUGUUCACAUCUGGGAACCCAGCUUCCGGACAAGCAGGUGGUUCACGCGGGGCUGGACGCUGCAAGAACUCCUUGCUCCGAGACGAGUGGAGUUCUAUUCUCGUGAAGGUGUACGAUUGGGUGAUAAAACUACACUUGAGCGGAUCAUCUCCAAUAUAACGGGAAUCCCUGAAACAGCUCUUCGUGGGAGGCCCCUUCAAGAAUUCACCCCUCAGGAGCGGAUGCGGUGGGCAUCUGGACGCAAGACAAAAAGAACAGAAGAUAAGGCAUACUGUCUCUGGGGAAUUUUCAAUGUGUCAAUGCAUGUUAACUACGGCGAAAGAGACAAAGCCUUUGACCGGUUGAAAAACAAAAUUGCUAAAUCUUAUCGGAGGGAGUUGGAUGGUCCUGGGCAAGCCUGUCUUCCGUCGCUCUCUAAUAACCUCGUUGCACCUCCACGUGGGACAACUACGAACCCUCCAGGGAAAGACACGCUCUCUGACCGUCGAAGGACGAUGCUAGCCUCUCUCAGCUUUGAGCAAAUGGAUUCGCGCCAGUCCAAUAUUACAAAUGCCUAUUCAACUACCUGCCAAUGGCUGUUGAAACAUCCGGCUUAUGUGAAUUGGAAUGAUCCACAGCAUAUACACCAGCACCGUGGGUUUCUAUGGAUCAAUGGGAAGCCGGGGGCUGGGAAGUCGACUCUGAUGAAAUUCGCUCUUUCACAGGCUUACAAAGGGACAUCUGAGGGGGAGAUUCUUCUUUCCUUCUUCUUCAACGCUAGAGGGGACCAGCUGGAGCACUCAACAGUCGGCUUGUACCGAGCCUUACUAUUUCAACUCCUGACGAAGAUCCCUGACUUACAGAAUCUGUUGGAUGACCUAGACGCUCUAGAAGGUCGAAACGAAUCCUCGAUGUGGACAAAGGAAAAGCUGUGUGAGCUGUUUUCUACAGCCAUUGCAAGACUCGGGACUCGACGACUAAGGUGCUUCAUUGACGCCCUCGAUGAAUGUGAAGAAAAACAGAUUCGAGAAAUGAUCAUCUUCUUUGAAAACCUAGGACAAAAUGCGCCCAGUGACGGAACACAGCUCUACGUUUGCUUCGCUAGUCGCCACUACCCAACGAUCUAUCUUAAGUACGGUCGGCAGCUGACCUUGGAAAAAGAAGAUGGUCAUGCUGGGGAUUUGGGUGCAUAUAUCCAGAGUCAUCUCCGAACUGAAGAGACGGAUUUAGUUAAGGAAAUCAUUCCACAAAUACGAGAAAAAGCCAAUGGUGUCUUCCUGUGGGCGGUGUUGGUUGUUCCAAUUCUCAACCAAGAAUUCGACAGCGGCAGUGUGUUUACGGUUCAGGAAAAGCUCAAAGAAAUACCUGCUGAGCUAGAUAAUCUCUUCACAAAGAUCUUGACGAAAGAUUCUGUCAAGAUGAAUCAUUUGUUGCUGUGUCUGCAAUUGGUCUUGUUUGCAAAACGGCCGCUGCGGCGAGAAGAGUUCUACUUCGCAAUGAUUGCCGGUCUCACUCCUAAAUCUGAGUGGAUGAGCGCCUGGGACCCGAAGCGGAUUACCGAAAGCUACAUGAACCGGUAUGUGCUCAGUUCAUCCAAGGGUCUUGCAGAACUUACGAGAUCAAAACUGCCAACAGUGCAGUUCAUUCACGAAUCAGUGCGAGACUUUCUCCUCAAGAAUGAAGGCAUCUUUCAGCUGUGGCCGGAACUCAAAAAGGGAACCACCUUGUCCACCUAUGAAGGGAAAAGCCACGAAUGUCUAAGGCAAUGCUGCUUGAACUAUCUCAGCAUCGAUGUUGCCAGCCACCUGGGUGACGUGGACAAACUGCCGAAGGCAUCAACGGAAGAAGCUGCGCGCCUCCGUCAAUGUGUGGGCGAAAAGUUUCCGUUCCUAGAGUACGCGGUACGAAAUGUUUUGUGGCACGCCAACAAGGCACAAGCCAAGGAGGUUGACCAGAGUGAAUUCAUCGGCACGUUUCAGCUCGCCAGAUGGGUAUGGCUUGCGAACCUGGUCGAAAGACACGAAACACGCCGGCACACUCAGAAGGUGACCUUGCUAUAUAUAUUGGCGGAGAACAACUUGUCCAGCCUGAUCAGAGUUCACCCAUCCAAUUUGUCAUGCUUCGAUGUCGAAGGUGAACGUUAUGGGCCCCCGAUUUUCGCAGCCCUGGCCACUGCAAGCGACGAAGCAGUGCAAACCUUCUUGCGAAUUCAGGUAGAUGCCCAACCCACAACAUCUCUUCUUCGUGUCAUCUACGACCAAUAUUGUCAUUCUGGAAACAAGCCAAACCAUUUUCCACGCACCUUCACUUUCUCACAACGAAAAGGAAUUUUUAAUGCACUCAUAAACCAUGACGAUGAUAUCCUUCUUGCAUUCUUCUGUGCUUGCAGCAAGAUGGCCCUCAAGCAGAUCGGCAGGGAUGUUGAGAUGCCAAUUAUCUGGGCAGCCAAGAAAGGGCACGUGGCGAUCGUGAAGCUCCUACUCGAGCAGGGUGCCAAAGUGGAACAUAAGGGUGAUUAUGGUCGGACACUACUAUCGUUAGCGGCUAAGUACGGGUACGAGGCGAUCGUGAAGCUACUACUCGAGCAGGGUGCCAAAGUGGAACAUAAGGAUGAUUAUGGUCGGACACCACUAUCUUUGGCGGCUGAGUGCGGGCACGAGGCGAUCGUGAAGCUACUACUCGAGCAGGAUGAUUAUGGUCGGACACCACUAUCGUUCGCAGCUCAGAGCGGGCACGAGGCGAUCGUGAAGCUACUACUCGAGCAGGGUGCCAAUGUGGAACCUAAAGAUGAUUAUGGUCGGACACCACUAUCGUUCGCAGCUGAGAGCGGGCACGAGGCGAUCGUGAAGCUACUACUCGAGUAUGGUGCCGAUCGAGAAUCUAAGGACAAGAAUGGUCGGACACCACUAUGGCAUGCGAUUCAGACCCAGUCCGAGGACGUGGUCAAGCUACUCAUGUCUUACCAGGGAGAAGGGCCACCACUGUCCCCAGAGCAGCAGCCAACAGGAUCGGAGUCGAGUACGAUGACUCCACAAGCAGAACCCUCAGAGGCUCUUCCCGUUGAGCAGUCAGGGCCACGAGACACGUAUGCGACAGGAGCGGAAGGUUGGGUGGAAGGAUACCAAUGGGCACAGACAGAAUCAGAGGCAGAGGCAGAGGCAUGGGGAGUCGAUGAUGGAGACGGAAAGAUACACAUCUGA